AUGGAAGAGACCAUGAUGGAAGAGACAGAAAAGCUGCCUGCUCCCACCACGGCCAGCAGCACUACCACCAGCAGCAGCAAUGACAUGACAACGACAACGACAACGCAAGCAGGUACCGCCACUGGUCCUGCUACGCUCGACAAGCGCGAUGUCUUUCCCUCCUACCUCAAGGGCAAGCGAGUCCUCCUCGCCACCGAAUCCCUGGGUCCUGUCAAUGGUGUCAGUCGAACCACUCUCAUGCUGAUCGAGUACCUCCGCAAGAACGGUGUGCAACUGGCCAUUGUUGCUCCUCACUCCAGACAGUCGCGACUCAAGCCAACCAGUGGUGCAAACCUCACGGAAUUCCGCCUGCCAGGCUAUGAACUGCCCUACAAUCCUGACUUGACCGUCGUAUACCCCUUUCAACUCGACGAUGUCUACAGGCACACCUUCAAGCCUGACAUUGUCUAUCUGGCGAGUCCUGCUUCUACCGGCUUUCAGAUGCUGUUCCAGAUCCGCCAGCUACAAGACCCACCAGUCGUCCUCCUCAACUUCCAGACCGAUCUGUCGGCUUACAGUGAAAUUCUUUUCCCUGGUCCUGUUGCCCGUUUCUCCGUAUGGCUGCUAGGCGUCGUCCAAGGAUUUCUGUUCAAUCAUCGAACUGUCCAUACCAUCUUCUAUCCUUCCUCCGGCGUGCGCCGUUACCUUGAGAAAGCAGGCGCUCCGAGCAACAAAAUGGUCCGACUGGGCCGAGGCGUCGACACGAGUUUGUUUGACCCUUCUCAGCGAGAUGAGGCUUACCGCAAGGAACUGGCACCUAACGGAGAAAUCAUCCUUGUCUGCGUCUGUCGGCUGGCACCCGAAAAGGGUUUCGAAUUCCUGGCCCAGGUCGCCAUGCGGCUCGCCCAAGAAGGCUUUCCAUUCAAGUUGCUCAUCGUUGGUGGCAACAUGAGCUCUGAAGUGGAGGAUCAAGUCCAUCGCCUCUUCGACCCCGUGGCAGAGCAUGUUAUAUUCACCGGCUUUCGCACCGGUGUCGACCUCGCUCGUGCAUAUGCUACGGGUGAUAUUUUCCUACACUGCUCGAUCACAGAGACAUUCGGACUGGUUGUUCUGGAAGCAAUGGCAAGUGGUCUUCCAGUGAUUGCCCGUGACGAAGGAGGACCUUCAGACAUUGUCCAAGACCAGGAGACCGGUUAUCUGGUUCCUCCCCACGACCUGGAGCAGUACAUUACUCUCAUCAAGCGUCUCUCCAUGGACAACAAUCUUCGUGCGAAUAUGGCAGUUGCAGCACGAAAAUAUACUUGCGACGUCACCUGGGAGAAGAUCAAUAGGCGGGUUGCUUGGCACAUGACCGAUGGUUUGCAACAGCACCUUGAGCGAAAGAACAGACGACCGAUCAGAAAUUUCAUUGUCGCCAGGUACCAUGGAAUGCGAGACGGCGUGGUCAUUCCUGUCGUGGUCAGAUUACGUCUAUACAUGGCGACGAUGAUCGUCUAUCUUAUUUGGCUGAUGACAGCAGUUGUGCUUCUGCUGUACGGCCACAGAGUGUUUUCCCGCGCGGCGCAACUCCUACGAAAUCCACCCCUCGUCUUGCAACGCAUUCAGUACCGCGCCUUGAAACAAGGCAUCCAGGAGACGCUCAAGAGCUUGAGCACAGAAUGA